GUCUUCACUUUUCACCAACAACAUUAUUACUUAAAAUCCUCGACUUAUUUCAGCUGAGUGUAGAGUUUGUGUAACAAUGGCGGACGAAGUGAUUCUGUUGGAUUUCUGGCCGAGCAUGUUUGGCAUGAGGGUGAGGAUCGCAUUGGCGGAGAAAGGGGUGAAGUAUGAAUACAAAGAGGAGGAUUUGAAGAACAAGAGCCCUUUGCUUUUGCAGAUGAACCCCAUUCAUAAGAAGAUUCCGGUUCUUGUUCACAAUGGCAAACCCGUCUGUGAAUCUUCCAUCAUUGUUCAGUACAUUGAUGAGGUGUGGAAGGAUAAAGCUCCUUUGCUCCCCUCUGAUCCUUACAAGCGAGCUCAAGCUCGGUUUUGGGUUGAUUUCAUUGACAAGAAGUUAUUUGAUGCUGGGAGGAAGACAUGGAACACAACAGGUGAAGCACAGGAGAACGCAAAGAAGGAAUUCAUCGAAAUAAUAAAGACCUUGGAAGAGCAGCUGGGAGACAAGCCUUACUUCGGAGGUGAAACCUUCGGCUACGUCGACAUAUCGUUGAUCCCUGUUUACUGUUGGCUUCACGCAUACGAGACAUAUGCCAAGUUCAGCGUAGAGGCAGAUUGCCCCAAAUUCACUGCCUGGGCUAAGAGAUGUAUGCAGAAGGAAAGCGUUUCCAAGUCGCUCCCUGAUCAGAAGAAAGUGCUAGGGUUUGUUGCAGAAUUGAGGAAAAGGUUUGGGUUGGAAUAGUAGGAAUUUCACCAAAAAUAAAAUUAUAUAUACAAAUAAAUUAUACAAAAUUAUCUGUAUAAAUUGAGAUGAUAGUUUGUGAUUGGAUGAUAUGAUUAUUUAUUUUUUCUCUCACUUUAAAAUCAAUUAAUCAGAUUCUAUCACCUCAAUUUAUACAAUAAAGUUUGUAUAAUUCUUUUGUAUAGAUAAGAUAUAUUACUCUUUUGCGAAUGGGAAACGUGGUUGCUCUAUGAGACUUGUGUUGUGUUUGUGCGUGUAUUGUUGUAGUUUUGCUUUCUGAAUAAACUGUUGAGAAUAUAUGCAUGUAUUAUUGUAGUUUUGUCUUCCAAAUAAAUUUAUGAGAAUAUGGAUGUAAAAUUUCAUAGUUAAUCAUCCAAUAAUAAUUUGUAAAAAUCGA